AUUAACAAAUAAUUAAAGACAAAGACUAACUCUGUUGUGUUGGAAGAAAAAAGUGAACGACAGAGAGAAGAGCAAUGCCAUUGGCCGCAGACAGAGAGAAAGACACUUUCACUGAAAUUCUAAAAGAAUAAAAGAUUUGUGUUUUGUAUUUUUAUGUUGAAUUGAAUCCCUCGUUGUUUUUUGUCAGUCACUGUCAUAGUCCAAUUUGUGCUGUUGGUUUUGUAACCCUCCUUCUCCAGCCUUUUUCUUGAGUUUCUCUAUCUCUCUCUCACUCCUUUUUAAAUUUUAAUAAUUUGUUUGUCUGUUGCGUGAAAGAGGCCCUGAAAACAAGGUUUCUGCUGUCAAGUUUGUAGCUUUUUGCUCUGUGAUUGGUGUGUUCUCCAAAUAAUGCUUCAUUCCUCAUCUGGGUACUUAGUUCUUGUUUAAGAUGGUGGUGGGUGACCGUUUUCCGGUGGGUAUGCGUGUACUUGCCGUUGAUGACGACAAAACGUGUCUCACAGUUUUGGAGAACCUGCUUCGCAAAUGCCAGUAUAAUGUCACUACAACUAAUCAGGCAAUUAAGGCGCUAGAAAUGUUGAGGAAAAACAGAAACAAGUUUGACCUUGUUAUUAGCGAUGUAAAUAUGCCUGACAUGGAUGGGUUUAAACUUCUUGAGCUAGUGGGACUUGAAAUGGACCUACCUGUUAUUAUGUUGUCAGGAUACGGUGAUAAAGAGCGGGUGAUGAGAGGUGUUAUACAGGGUGCUUGUGACUACUUAACCAAACCAGUUCGAAUUGAAGAGUUACAGAACAUAUGGCAACAUGUACUGCGAAGGAGGAUUGAUAGCAAGGAUAAGAAUAAGACUGCAAGUGAGGGAAAAGGCUGCAGUAUGGCUGGUAAGUUUGCAAAUGAGGAGAAAGCCAGAUAUAUGGCUGGGGAAUGUAGUCAAGCCAUGGCACCAAAAAAUAAUACCGACCAGAAUAUAAAACUGGGUCAAAAAAGGAAGGAACUAAGUGAGGAUGAGGAAGAGGAAGAAUAUGAUAAAGAGAAUGAGGAACACUCAAAUCAGAAGAAGCCUCGUUUAGUUUGGGAUGCCGAGUUGCAUAGGAAAUUUCUUGCUGCUGUUAAUCAUCUGGGAAUUGACAAGGCUUUCCCCAAGAGAAUACUCGACUUGAUGAAUGUCGAAGGACUUACAAGAGAAAACGUAGCAAGCCAUCUGCAGAAAUACAGACUCGGUCUCAGAAAACCUACUCAGCAGCCUAGCAUGGUUGCUGCGUUGGGUAGUAGUGAUCCUUACCUGCAGAUGGAUUCAGUAGAAGGCUUUCGCACUUUGUCGGGAUCAGUAGGAAUGUUAAGCACCACACUACCAUCAUAUGCAUCUGGUGGAGUGUUUUGUAGGCUGAACCCACCAUCUGGCUUGAGAGGAGUUAACUCUGCACUUUUUCAGCCUGUUCUGUCUCAAAACAAUAGCAUGUCUGCAAAAGCAUUUGGAAACAUGCAACUGUCCAUGUUUUCUGCAAAUCAAACCUCAAGUUUAUUACAGGGCAUUCCAACAUCAAUAGAUGCUAAUAAAUUUCAGCAGAACCGUUCACCUGGUAUUAGGAAGUUGAGUCCACUUGAUGAUUCAAGUGGAUUUAAAGUUUCCUCUGGUUUCUCAGACACUAGAGCUACCGUUAUAAAUCCAAAUAAUUUUGUGCAUGAUCUCUCAAAUAAUCAUUUACUUUUACAAAGAAAUUCACCACCAGCACAGAAUUCGGGAGCAUUCAGAAAUCACUCUUCUCUUGGAGCUGCGUCGGUGAACACACAAUCAUUUGACCCUGGUAUCUGUGAAUUGGAUCAUAAUCGGCAUAAUAAAAGCUGGCAGGGAACAACUCAGAUAUCUAAGUUUCCUACCAAUACUUCUGCUGUCAGUAAGGUUUUCACUCAUGAUCAGCUGGCUCAAAAUAACUCAAAAUUUUCCUCAUCCACUUUUUGCAGUGGGAACAGUCCAGUUGAUUUUUCUUCCACUAGGGCUAUUGCUCCUCCCUUGGAGGAUGCUAGAGGUAAGCUGCAAAGUCAAGAAGGCUUACUUGAGAAUAUCUUACUAGCUUCAUGUUACACCCAACAUCAAAGCUGGGAAUCAGAUAAGCGGGGUUGCAACAAAGACAUGAGCCAAACCUUCAACUCCACAAAGUCUGUCUCUCCUAAUGGAGACACUAGUUCCUUAGGACAUAGUUUAGACCAAAAUAAUUCAGUUAGCAGCGAGGGAAUUGGUGCAUCUUUGGUUAAUCCAUCAAUCACGCAAUCAAAUGAAGGUGAGAAAUUCUAUUCGAUGAAGUCAAAUGAUGCCUGCAUUUUGCGGAGCAUGGAGUCCCAAGAAGGACUCAUGCAGAAUACUUUUGGGUCCUUAAAUGACAUAAUGAGUGAAAUAACCGAACAGGAGCAAAAUACGAUUAUGCUGAUGGAUGGAGAAUUGGAGUUUGAUUUGGAUCAUGCAUUUGAUUCCUUCUGACACUCCAAGAAUCCAGGAGCAUGAAAAUCGCUUAAGUUACUCUCAUGUACUGGAGUCUUUCAUCGUGUAAUUUCUGUUUCACUAAUAGUAUGUGCUACUUGUACAGUAGUGAGUGCAUCAAAAUUCUCCACUCUCCUAAUGAUCUUUCUAUAUAAAUAAAACAAUGAGUUAACUUCUUA